GGGCAUGCUGUGUCUUUGCAGCUGGCGUUCGGGCUGGCCGUGGCUGAGGAGGCGCUGCAGUUCGAGCACCGCGACCUGCACUGGGGCAACGUGCUCGUCGCGCCCACCGACCAGGAGUACGCGACGUUCCUGCUGCGCGGGCGCGUGCACCGCGUGCCCCGGCGCGGAGCGGCCUGCGUCGUGAUCGACUACUCGCUGUCGCGCGUCUCUUUGCGCGGCGCCGCGCUCUACGCCGACCUCGCCGACGACGACUCGCUCUUCGAGGCCGUCGGCGACCGCCAGUUCGACGUGUACCGCCUCAUGCGCGACCGCCUCGGCAACGAGUGGAAGAACUUCGAGCCGUACACGAACGUGCUGUGGCUGCACUACGUGGCCGAUAAGAUGGUGACGGCGCUGCGCUACGAGCGGCCCGCCACCAAGCUGCACCGACACUACCUCGGCCGGCUGCGCGCCGCGCGCCGCGCUCUGCUCGCCCACGCCAGCGCCGCAGACUUCGUGCUCGCCCACGCCCCCGCCCACGCCCACGCCCACGCCCACGACCACGCCGCGCUCUAAUCGCGCCCACGCCCACGCACCACCCGCGCCCCAUCCGCAUCCGCCUUACACACAAUUAUCAUUGAAAUUAUAAAAUGGAGGUCGCGAGCCGCCUCGCCUCUCUCCUCGACGUUGUUCACUCGCAAACGAUUAUUUAUAUUUCUAGUAUUGUCAACAGAUUAGACAGACAU